AAAGGAAUUGGAAAUAAAAUUGAUAUGAGAUCAAUGGGGAGGAGAAGAUCUGAAUUGGACUACAAGGAGCUGAAGAUCUGUGAACAUGUUCUGAUUGGGUUUAUAUUGAUUUGCUUGGCGCAAGUUUCGCUUGGAGCUACUAAUCUGCAAGAUGUUGCUGCAAUCAACAGCUUACAUGCUGCGCUCGGCACGCCUGUUCUUCCUGGGUGGACUUCUGCUGGAGGAGACCCUUGUGGGGAAGCAUGGCAAGGGGUUCAGUGCAAUGAUAGCGCAAUUGUAUCAAUAAUUCUUAAUGCUGCCAAUCUGGGAGGUGAAUUGGGUGAGAACUUGGGAUCGUUCACUUCAAUAAAAACAAUAGAUUUAAGCAACAAUCAUAUUGGUGGAACUAUACCUUCCGUUUUACCUGUUACCAUGGUAACCUUUUUUCUUUCAGCUAAUCAGUUCACUGGAAGUAUCCCAGUUUCUUUGUCUUCAUUGGAUCAGCUCACAGAUAUGUCUCUUAACAAUAAUCUCUUAACCGGUGAAAUACCAGAUGCCUUUGAGAGACUUACUGCAUUGAUCAAUUUAGAUUUGUCCGUUAACAAUAUGAGCGGGGAACUGCCACCCUCUCUGAAAGACGCUAAAGCUUUGACCAGUCUACAUUUGCAGCACAAUCAGCUGUCUGGAACACUUGACGUGUUACAGGAUCUUCCCUUGAGCGAUCUGAAUAUAGAGUACAACCAAUUUGCUGGACCCAUUCCUCCAAAGUUGCUGAGCAUCCCAAAUUUUAGAAGUGACGGAAAUCCAUUAAAUUCUUCUAUUGCUCCAGUCCCUCCACCCACAUCUCCAUUGGCUCCAUCACCUCCUUCAACUUCACCACCAUCUCCUUAUGCCUUUUGGGGACCACCUUCUGGGAGAACACCACCUAGUAAAGCACCACCUGGAACACCACCCACAACUGAACAAGAAAAAUCAAAUUCUGGAAAAGCAAAGAGCUUUUUUACCACUAAAAGGGUAGUUGGGAUAUCAGUUGGAGGGGUGUUUGUACUUAUUAUUUUGGUACUGGUAGUUUUGUUUCUUAUGCCAAGAGGUACCAAACGAAGAGGAGCGUCUGACAGAAUAUCCAAGCCGCAUCAAAUAGGAGCUUAUCGUGACAGGGAGAAUCCACCCAUGGAUAAUGAGUCCCGGGUUCAACCAAACAAUCAAUUACAGAAAGUUCCAGAAAAGGUAGAUGUGAGGCCCAAAGAAGAUACUGAAACAGAACCCAGAAGAACAUGGGCAAUGCCAAAGUCAAAUGAUGAGCAAGAUAGAAAUGUCCAAAGAAUGAGUGCAGUACCCAAAAGACGAGAUAGUCAUGUGGUUGAUAUGAAUCCACUUAAUCCUUUUUUGAUGCCUCCUCCCCCUCCUCCUCCACCACCCCCUCCUCCACCACCAUUUCCUGUUGAGAGGGUCAUUGUAAAGCCAAUCGUGCCAACUGAAGUAAACACAGUGAAGCCUUCCACAAGAAACCUCACUAUUUCUGCCAAGUCUUUCACCAUUGCUUUACUUCAGCAAUAUACAAACAGCUUUUCUCAGGAUAAUCUUAUUGGAGCAGGCAUGCUGGGAAGUGUCUACAGGGCACAGCUUCCUGAUGGAAAGCUACUUGCAGUCAAGAAAUUGGACAAGAGAGCUUCUAAUCACCAGAAGGAUGAGGAGUUUCUUGAACUCGUAAACAACAUUGAUAGAAUCCGGCAUGCUAAUGUUGUAGAGCUCAUAGGAUACUGUGCAGAGCAUGGUCAAAGGCUUCUUAUCUACGAGUACUGCAGUAAUGGUUCACUGCAUGAUACUCUGCACUCGGACGAUGAAUUUAAAAAGAAACUCUCGUGGAAUACUCGCAUAAGAAUGGCACUUGAGGCUGCAAGAGCUUUGGAGUAUUUACAUGAGGUCUGUCAGCCACCUAUCGUACACAGGAAUUUCAAGUCUAACAACCUUCUCCUUGAUGAUGACCUUUCUAUCCGCGUCUCUGACUGUGGCUUGGCUUCCUUAAUAUCAUCUGGCUCCGUAAGUCAGUUGUCAGGGCAUUUGCUAUCGGCCUAUGGUUACGGAGCUCCAGAAUUUGAGUCAGGGAUUUAUACUCAUCAGAGUGAUGUUUACAGCUUUGGUGUGGUGAUGUUAGAACUAUUAACAGGCCGAAAAUCCCAUGACAGGACACGGAAUCGAGGAGAGCAAUUCUUGGUUAGAUGGGCCAUUCCCCAGCUUCAUGACAUUGAUGCAUUGUCAAGGAUGGUCGAUCCCUCCCUAGACAGAGAGUAUCCUACAAAAUCCUUAUCACACUUUGCUGACAUCAUAUCUCGAUGUGUUCAGUCGGAGCCAGAGUUCAGGCCACCAAUGUCUGAAGUUGUUCAGGACCUAUUAGACAUGAUACGAAGAGAGCCUCGCGGCAGCGGAUCAAGUGAAGACUGACCCUGUCAAAUAAGAUCUAUUGAAUGAUUAUCAAGGAAACAACAAUGACAGAGACACUAGUUCUCACUGCUACCAUCAACAAGAUACAUCUCUCGUGAACAGGCCGCAGAUGAUGCUCCAAAUUAACACCACCAAAGUUCACAUCCCUUUGAAGUUCGUACUGCCGUCAACUACCGACAGGUGUGGAUGUGACAGUCAAUAGUUCGGUGUUCAAUCAAUAGUUUGAUUCGUGCAAUGACGUGUGUGCUGCAUAAAUUAGCUAACCCAAUUAUUUGUGACUAUAAAUUCUUGAUAGUGAAACAUUUUUUCUGUGUAGUAUUUCUUGAUGCUUUAGGAGCUUGGUUUCUACCGAUUCAAUUAUUCAAAUAUAAUGAUCUAUUCUAUC